UGAAUGAAACUGUCAACAGAAAUUAAUGCUUAAAUGCCAUUGAUUAAUUGUCCUCCCAUUUUUAUCUCCUUACAGCACCAAGACAUAACAUACAGAUAAUAAGAAGUGAAGGAUUUAGCCACUACUAAAUGGCUCAAGAUGCCACAGGUUUUACAGAAAAUUCUUUUUGACUAUUAAGUCUUUUCCAUUGUGUUACCAUACAUACGAAGUAAUAUUUAUUUUUAAAAAAUGUCAGAACUCAACCCCACAUCUGAAUUGAUAGUAAAUAUUGAAAAUGGAACUUUUUUGGAGCUGUAUCCCACUUCUCUGUCAACGUCAAUGGAUUCACCUUCCAGUCGCAUGUCAAAUGUCUAUGUUUAUGUUUCAAUCUUUCUUAGCCUCUUGGCAUUCCUUCUUUUGCUAUUAAUUAUUGCACUUCAGAGAUUGAAGAACAUCAUCUCCUCUAGUUCCUCCUAUCCAGAAUACACCAGUGAUGCUGGGAGUUCCUUUACAAAUUUAGAAGUCUGUAGCAUUUCUUCCCAGAGAUCAGCUUUUUCAAACCUUUCGUCAUGAAAAGCCAAGGAAGGCUUGGAAUGCGCAUGGAAUAGCAACUGAGUCCAGGUCAUGAGGUGGUUGGAAGACUAAGGCAUGCAAGAUUUGACUUGGAUAGAGAACAGGUGAUUUCUGGUAUUUACUUUAAUCUCUUUAUAGUCUCUACUUCCCCUUUUUAUCACUUGAACUUUUCCUGCCUAAGCUCACAUAGUGACCCCUGCCUGUAAUUGUCUUGGAAUUUUGUAGUGUUUUCCCAGCCCCUUCUGAAGAUGAUAAAAAGUAAAAUCUUUCUCAAGUCAAUCUCCUCCUUAGUGAUUACAACGAAACAUUCAUGUUGUUUUCUCAAGAGCAAUAGAGAAAUCGUUUGCCUUUGGGCUCUUCCAUAUAUAUAUAUUUUUUAACUUCCUAGCCCAGCUUAUAGCUCUGGGAUUUCUGGUGCUCUCCCAUCAAAGUACUAACCAGGCUCGAUGCUACUUAGGAUUUCAAGAUCAACAAAGUUUUACGAGGUGCUACCACCUGCUAUGAUCUAAAGAUAUUUAAAGCUAUUUAAACUGUACCUGGGAAUAUCUGGCUUCCAGUUAUUUUGUUUACUGAUCUCAAAGCUCAAGGAUGUUUAAUUGUACUCCUUAGCAAGACCAUUCUGCUAUACAGACAAAACAAA